AUGGCUGUGGAGAAUAGUUUGGAUGGAGAUAUAUACACACAGCAGACUAGAGCAUCAACAAGGCAAACACCAGCCGUGGAGACAGUAAAAAUCCCCGAAAAUGCUGGCAACCGACAAGAUUCAGAAAAGAGGAAGGCAACACAGGGAAUCAGUACUAGUACAGUACCAUUUUACAAGCUAUUCUCCUUUGCUGACUCAUGGGAUUAUCUACUAAUGCUAGUGGGCACAGUCACUGCUGUUGGAAAUGGUAUGUGCUUGCCUGCAGUAGCCCUACUCUUUGGUGAAUUAAUGGACGCAUUCGGAAAAACUGUCAACACCAAUAAUAUGCUGCAUGAAGUUUCCAAGCUCUGUCUGAAGUUUGUGUAUUUGUCCUCAGGAGCAGCUGUUGCCUCAUUUUUCCAGGUGACUUGCUGGAUGGUAACAGGAGAGAGACAGGCCACAAGAAUAAGAAGUUUGUACUUGAAAACGAUAUUGAGGCAAGAUAUUGCCUUCUUUGAUAAAGAAACCAAAACUGGAGAAGUCGUUGGGAGGAUGUCAGGUGACACUGUUCUUAUUCAAGAUGCCAUGGGUGAGAAGGUUGGGAUGGUUAUUCAGCUGGCAGCUACAUUUAUAGGAGGCUUCUUUGUAGCUUUUUUCAAGGGGUGGAUUCUUGUCCUUGUCCUGUUAUCUUGUAUUCCACCUCUUGUUGCAUCUAGUGCUGUCAUGACCAUUCUUUUAGCGAAGCUGGCCUCCCAGGAACAAACUUCUUAUUCAGUAGCAGCAAGUGUAGUAGAGCAGACUAUUGGAUCAAUAAGAACUGUUAUCUCCUUUACAGGGGAGAAGCAAGCUAUAGCUAAAUACAAGAAGUCUCUAACCAAAGCUUAUGAUUCUGCAGUGAGGGAGGGCUUGGCUACUGGGUUAGGUCUUGGUUCUGUUAUGUUUAUUGUAUUUUGCAUUUUCGCUUUAGCUGUAUGGUUUGGCGCGAAGCUGAUAAUCAACAAAGGAUACUCAGGAGGGAAUGUCGUUGGGGUGAUUGUUGCUGUGUUGACUGCUUCCAUGUCUCUAGGGCAGACAUCUCCAUGCAUUAAAGCAUUUGCAGCAGGACAAGCUGCAGCAUUUAAGAUGUUUGAGACAAUCAAUAGGAAGCCAGAGAUAGAUGCUUAUGACACCAAGGGACUGAAAUUGGAUGAUAUUAGUGGAGAUGUCGAAUUAAGGGAUGUUUAUUUCAGUUAUCCAGCAAGACCAGAUGAACAAAUUUUCAGUGGAUUCUCUAUCUCAAUACCUAGUGGUACAACAACAGCUUUGGUUGGUCAGAGUGGAAGUGGGAAAUCAACAGUCAUCAGUUUAGUAGAGAGAUUCUAUGAUCCUCAAGCUGGUGAAGUUCUUAUAGAUGGGAUUAAUCUCAAGGAUUUUCAACUGAGAUGGAUCAGGCAGAAAAUAGGCCUUGUCAACCAGGAACCUGUAUUGUUUGCUUCUAGCAUUAAAGAUAAUAUUGCCUAUGGGAAGGAUGAUGCCACCAUUGAAGAAAUUAGAGCUGCUGCUGAGCUCGCCAAUGCUGCUAAAUUUAUUCAUAAACUGCCUCAGGGCUUAGACACAAUGGUUGGCGAGCAUGGAAUGCAUCUAUCUGGAGGCCAAAAGCAGCGCGUUGCUAUAGCCAGAGCAAUCCUGAAAGACCCGAGAAUUCUCCUGCUGGAUGAAGCUACAAGUGCUCUUGAUUUGGGAUCUGAGAGGAUUGUGCAAGAGGCAUUGGACAGGGUCAUGAUGAACAGAACUACUAUCAUUGUUGCACAUCGCUUGAGUACAGUGAGGAAUGCAGAUAUGAUUGCAGUCAUUCAUCAAGGAAAGAUUGUUGAAAAAGGUUCACACACUGAGCUACUCAGGGAUCCUCAUGGGGCAUAUCACCAGCUUGUACAGUUGCAAGAAAUUAGCAGUGAGUCAGAACAACAUGAUGAAAGUUGGGAAUCAUUUGGCGCUAGACACCAUAACCGUUUCCCAUUCCCAUUUUCAUUUGGUGUAUCUCCUGGAAUCAAUAUGCUGGAAACAGCACCUGCAAAGCCCAACUCAGAACCAUUAAAACAUCCAACAGAAGGUCUAGUUUGGCGCUUGGCCUGUCUUAACAAGCCAGAAAUCCCAGUCUUACUGCUAGGUAUUGUAGCUGCAAUUGCCAACGGCUUAAUAUUACCCGCGUUUGCAGUACUAUUUUCCACUAUAAUCGACAAUUUCUAUGAGUCAGCAGAUAAACUCCGGAAGGAGUCUAAGUUUUGGGCGUUAAUGUUUUUCAUUCUUGGUGUGGCAUCCUUGUUGAUAACCCCGACAAGGACCUACCUCUUUGCUGUUGCUGGGUGUAAGUUAAUUAAAAGGAUCCGAUCCAUGUGCUUUGAGAAAGUUGUUCACAUGGAGGUAGGCUGGUUCGACAAAGCCGAGAACUCGAGCGGUGCCAUUGGAGGGAGGCUGUCUGCAGAUGCAGCUUCAGUACGAAGUCUGGUUGGAGAUGCGCUUGCUUUGGUGGUUCAGAACAUUGCAACAGUAAUUGCUGGCUUGGCUGCUGCUUUUGAAGCAAACUGGCUGUUGGCUCUCAUUAUCCUUGUUUUCCUACCUCUAAUAGGAAUCAAUGGAUGUAUUCAGCUGCAAUUCACAAAGGGUUUCAGCGGAGAUGCCAAGAAAAGGUAUGAGGAAGCAAGUCAAGUAGCCAACGAGGCAGUUGGGAAUAUUAGAACAGUAGCUUCUUUCUGUGCUGAAGAGAAGGUGAUGCAGCUGUACCAGAAGAAAUGUGAAGGCCCAGCAAAGACAGGGAUGACACGAGGCUUGAUCAGUGGGUUAGGCUUUGGGCUAUCAUUCUUCUUUGUUUAUUUUAUCUAUGCAGUCACUUUUUAUGCUGGAGCCCGUCUUUUUCGAGACGGGAAGACAACAUUCUCAAAGAUCUUAAGAGUGUUCUUUGCUCUCAGUAUGGUGGGCCUAGGCGUCUCUCAGUCUGGCUCUUAUGCCCCUGAUGCCAGUAAAGCUAAAAGUUGUGCUGCUUCAAUAUUUGCAAUUCUUGACCAGAUAUCAGAAAUAGACUCUAGUGGCAGGUCAGGAAAGAGACUAAAAAAUGUAAAGGGAGACAUCAAGUUUCGGCAUGUCAGUUUCAGGUAUCCCACUAGGCCUGAAAUCCAAAUUUUCCGGGAUCUUUGCCUGACUAUUCGCUCUGGCAAGGUAACUACAGUUGCCCUGGUUGGAGAAAGUGGGUGUGGAAAAUCCACUGUGAUCUCAUUACUGCAGAGAUUUUAUGAUCCUGAUUCAGGUCGUAUAACACUGGAUGGGGCCGACAUCCAAAAGCUGCAGCUGAGAUGGCUGAGGCAGCAGAUGGGUCUGGUGAGCCAGGAACCAACGUUAUUCAAUGACACCAUCCGAGCCAAUAUUGGAUAUGGAAAAGAAGGAAAUGCAACAGAGGCAGAAAUCAUAGCUGCAGCAGAAUUAGCCAAUGCCCACCACUUCAUUAGUAGUUUACAGCAGGUAUUAUUUUCUCUGCUACCAAACACUAUAAAGAAGUAG